CUCAGGAACGAUAACACAAUGAAAAGAAUCUGCUAUUUGUUGAUGACCUUCGCUUUUCAUGUUGCCGGAACUGCACAUGAAACGCCUCAACAAGUGGUGACUAGAUACAACAACUACAAGGCGAUAUGUAAUGGACUUGGUUUUAAAAAAGUGCAAUGCAAGGAUCCUAAAAUUGAUAUUAUUGCUUUCCAAUCUACACUUACCAAGCAUUUGGAAAACCUGAAGGCGAAAGAGACUGUGGUCUUUGAUAAGGUUUUGUUAAACGAAGGAAACGCGUACGACAAGACUUCCGGUGUAUUUACAGCACCGUCCGAUGGCAUUUAUUCCUUUACAUGGACAAUAUUAACAAAACAUGGAAAAUAUUUUGUCUCUGAAAUUGUGCAAAAUGGCCAAAAAGUUGCAUACAAUAAUUCCGAUGGAAGGGGUCACGAUGGAUGGCCUAUGUCAACCUCACAUGCUAACAUCAAAAUGAAGAAAGGCGAUGAAGUGUGGAUCAGAACCAAGGACACCUCGGGGUACUAUGCCCAUGGUGAUGAUUGGUGUUGUUUUUCUGGAAUAAAAUUGUCUAUAACGACAUCAAAAUAA